CAAGGCGAGAUUUCAUUCCACAGCGGAAGCGCGUGUCAGUGACUUGCGCGUCGCUGAUGACAGAGUGAGGGCGGAGCGAUCGGCAGGGAAGCCAACCAUGCCGCAAAAGCAGGGCCAGAAGAAGCGGCAGCAGUGGCGGCGUCGCCCUGCCUCGGCACGGCAGGCACAGGCUCUAGGAGUUCACCAGACGUGGGGUGCUUCUCGCGCUCGGCAUUCAACAGCUUCUAAACCUACGCCGCACGGUCUGCACGUGCCUUAGCAGCACCUUUACAUAACUUUUUCAGGCCACGACAAUGCCGCCCAGUGGGCAGUGUCAGGAAACACGUACAAGACAGGCAAAUAAUGGUUCGGCCGUGCCGAGCUGGCCCGUGAUUCAACUCACGAAAGACUUCAAGCCCAUCUGUGCCCUGGCCAUUGUCUCCCUAUGGAGGCAGAGGAACGAGAGGACCCAGGUCCACAGGAGGAGCAGAGGGGCCCCGAGGGCCCAGGAGCUCUUCGACCAAGGCAAUGGCAGCAGAGGCGGCUUGGGACGAUUCGGACCUCGAACCAAGGUUCUCAGCAAAAAACAAUGUUACCAGUGGCUCUCUUUGGCGGUGCUUGCGACCACUUGCUCGCGCCCGCUGGCCAAACAAAUGCCGCCAAACGAAGAAAGUCCAGGGACGGCUCGAUAGGA